AAAAAAAAACAAAACAAUCCAGAGAAGAAGUUAAAAAGUAAUCAUACAGAAUGGAGACUAAGACAAUUUUCACGGCAUUUUUCUUUAUCACCACUUUGGUAUCAUCUGCGUAUCCAAAUUUGGGCCAAGAAGAUACUGACGAUGAACCACUGGUCAAUCCCGGUCGCGAGUUUGAUACAUUAGAUGCGAUAUCUCCGGCUUCACAAGAUUACAAUAAUUAUAUGCUAGAGAACCUCCCAUCAAAAUACAUAACGUAUCUCGAAACUUGCGGGAAAAAUAUGGGGCCUAGUGGUACUGUGAAAUGUAAUGUAGAUGUUCUUAAAGAGAUUCUUACGAAUAAACCCAUUUCCAGAGAAUGUUGCCAAAAGGUAGUAAAAGCUGGAAAAGAAUGCUACAUGGAGAUUAGAAAGUUUAUGUUUCGAUUGUAUCAACUCAAACGCUUUGCCUAUCAAGUUUCUUUCAAAAUCAUCAAGGUUUGGAAUAGAUGUUCUGCUGAAGUUGAAAGUCCUUCAUCAUCUCAUGAUGACACGAAUGAGUUAUCUUGAUUGAACAUUUGUUAUAUUGUAUGAUGUAUUUUGAAAUAAUGGUUUGUUAUACUAUUUUAUCUAUAUAAAUUGAAAUCAAAGUUUCAUCAGAAUAUUCGUUCUCCUAAUUUUAAUCAUGGGUUAUCCUAGAAAGUGUUUGUUUAGCAUAGUUUUGAGUUUAUCAAAUAUAAAAUCUAAUUGUACAUGAAUCUUGUUAAACAAAAUCGUAUAUUUCUUUCUUUGUUCCUCGAAUAAAUUAUGUUGUUUGAGAAUCAAGUAGAUUUAUAAGAACAAAUAAAAUGUGAGAGAACGAUAUAGGAAAAAAACCAAUA